UUAAACUGGUCUACUCUGCUUAGACAACCAAUCCCUCAUUGCCAUAGGGUUUCCAUGCUAACAUCUACAACUUUCCAGAAGCCUUCAGGUUUUUAUAAAUAUAGGUUGUCAGAAUGCAAAUAUCCACAACUGGAAGAAGUUUUAGGAUUGAUCGAGAAAUAAACAACGCCGAGAGGAAAAAAACUGAGUCGGUUUUUCAACAGUGUGAUGUGGGUCAGAAAGGUUAUUUGUCCAGAGAAGAUCUUAAGAUUGCAGUUGUCAUGCUUUUUGGAUACAAGCCAUCAAAGUCAGAGACAAAUAUUUUGAUGGAGAAUGGCUCUAUUAAGGACUAUCCAGGGGUCCUGCUGGAGCGGUUUGUGUCUCUCAUGGGAAGGAAAAUGUCAGCAGAAGAUCCAUAUGAGAAGAAAAGGCAGAUCUUCAGUGCAUUUGAUGUACACUGUCGUGGCUUCUUGAAGCUGGAUGACUUCAAAAGUGCCUUCAAGCGAGUUGCUCCUCAUCUGCCAGAAAGGACUGUGCUGGAGGCUUUCCGGCUCGACAGGUAGCUGUGGAGCUGGAAGCCAGCCGCCCCUGACAGCGGCAUCAAUAUCACGUCUGGGGGCCACAGGCGGGGAAGAAAUUUCUGCUGCACAUUUCACAACUCCCAUUGAUACUUUCAGCAGUUGCCAUGACAGCAACGUGCAGUGGUUUUAAUGGAAGUGAUUUUGUUCAUAUAAAAUUGAGCUCUGGCCGUAACAUCUCUCCCACGGUGCAGCAGGUCUUCAUUUAUCACAGGUGAAAAUGCAGCUCUUCAGGAUCCCAACCCCACCCCUCUUUGUGCACUCUUAUUAGGACAAAAGAACAGCAAAUAAAAUGAAACAGGUUUAGGAUCCAUGAUGUGCCACAAUUAAGACACAAUCAGAGCACAUCUCAGCAGUGCAGUGGCUCUUUCCCUACCCACCGGCUUGCAAGAGCAGAAGGUUUUCUUUUCUACAGUGGCAUGCAUCUUUGAUUGCUUGUUGAGCUCCUGUGCCCUCUGCAUAUCCAGAGAUCUGUCGCAUUGUUUAUUUGAAGUAGAACCUGAUUAUGUCUGUUUUCUCCUUUUUGGAUGAUGAAACAAUGUGUUAGAGAAGAUGACAGUUAUCUACAGAUACUUUAACUGUCUCAUAGUACAGGGGUUUUCAGUGUGCAAGGCCAUUUCACUGGAAAGAAUAGUACUAUAAAUACUAUAUAUAUCAUAAUUUUUAUGAUUUUAAUUUACAGUUUCAUUAAUCAUGAGACUAACCAUGAUUAUGUAAUUCUGUUGUUUUUAGCCAUAAUAAUUCAAAUUCAAAUCUAUACUAAAAUCUAUGGAAUGGUAUUUAUUGUCUGAAGUGGUAUGCAAAUUCAUUUGAAUUAAACUGAAAAUUGUUUUAUCUUUUCAUGCUUAUACAGGAGGCAUGUGUUGGGGUCGUUGGCAUCAAAGUUUGAAAACCCCUGUUUUAACAUUUUCAUAUUGUUCUGUGUCUUAGAAUAAAAACUGUGCUGCUGUAGAGAAAAGUUACGCCAAUAGAGCAUCUUUUCUUUCAGGUUUGUGCAGCGUCAGUACAGGAGCAAGGCAUGCAUUUUCUUGACAGUGACAGAGUAGCACUUGCAGUCUGCCGGGCUUCUCCUCCCCAUCUCCCAAAAUGUUUCAAAAUGAAAUAAAUAAAGAGAGCAGAAAAAAAGAACAUCUGAACACCAAUCAGAAGAAUACACCUGUUCCUGUGGGCUACACUGAUGAUGUCAUCACCCGCCUCUUUCCAUCUCCGGGGAAGGCUGCAGUGUCCUCCACAGGGAAUCCUGGCACGGAGGUGUGAGACAAACGAAUCGUCUAGGCAAUAUUUAUCUCACUUAUGGCCAUCCAACACAUUGCUGCCGAGCAAAUCUUGCCCACUCUCUCACAAUUCCAUGCUGAUUUCCAUCCCGACACAAAUCCUGUGUGACUAAGAAGACUGGCUCAUCGUGCUCACUACGCUCAGGUUCCAUCUCGCCGCUCUGUGGUGCGUUAUCAGAAGCGGCGCAGAUCACAUACAGUGAGUGUUUCGUAGGAGUCGUGGCCUGGGUGGAUGACUUGGCAGGUUCUCGGCUGAGUUGAUUAGCUGAGCGUUCACAGAUACAGCAGCCACACUGCGUAGUAAUAAGAACAACAUCCCCGAGCCAUGCGCCAUUAUUCUGAUUACAACGGUAUUCUAGCUAUGACAAUGUGGUAAUUAGAGGAUCUGCAUGCUUCGAUGAGUCUUCAUCGCUGCUCAGCCCCAAAGAUAUUCCUCAUCUCUGGCUGAAGGCUAAUAAGCACCGAAGCAGACACUUGUGCACAUGGAAUGGCAGGCCCAUUUAGGGACCAACAACUCAGCCCUUCUUAAAAGUAGUUGGCCACCAUCUGACAGUGUUCUGAAUCUGACACUGACAAUUCAAGGGUUUGUUCACACAAAAAUAAAAACGGUCAUCAUUUACUCACCCUUGUGUUGUUUCAAACCCGUAAGACUUUUCCUGUGGAAGAUAUUUACGUUUUGGACAACUGAUACAUUUCUCAAAAUAGCUUCUUUUGUGUCCUGCAGAACCUCAAAAUGUCUUUAAUAAGAUUGAAUGGCAUACAGGUUUGGAAUGACAUCAUGUUUUAUUUUAUUUUUUAUUUGUUUUGUGAUUUAUGAAUCAUUGGAAAGCACACGUUAACAGUUUAAUUGGCCUGAAACACUGCCUUGUAAAAUUUACUGCAUUAGCAUAUAGAGUGUUUUUUUCUUAUGUACAGAAAAUGGACAUUAUAAUACAAACAUAAAAUUGAAAAGAGAACUGAGUCAAUCAGAUUCUAUCAGAAAAUCUGUGUAAGUACACAGCCGUAUUUUUACCUUCAUUCAAACAAUAGAUCGUUUAUGGCGACUCCAUUGAAAGGGCUUUGAUUGACACUGCCAUGUUAACUACAACAAGCAGCGUAUGAAAGAAGAGACAGCUAAAAUAUCACUCGUCUGUCUCUUCCUGCUGAGCUAGACCGUGAAGACUAUACAGUCCAUCCAUGUCCAGUACUGUGCCCUCUUUUAUGACAACCUGUCAGUCUGUUUGAUGCAAAGCCCUAGUUCUAAUAUCACAUCACUCAGUCAAACAUGGCAAUGCCGGAAUUGGUCCUCUUCGCUACGUAAAUUAGAUUGUCAGUACACUCAAUCCUCUUCACGCGUGAUUAUACUCAACCUUGUCACACUUUAAUUGCAACCUCUUGAUUGCAGGCUAGCAAGAGAGAUAUGUUGCCUUAUUUGUCUAAUCAGUGGGAGUAGUACAGGUGUUCAAAAGCUGUACGUGAAGUUUCAAGCAGUCAUUCUCACUCUUUGCCAUCAUUCUUUCUGUUGAAAGCCUCGAAGAGGUGCGGAGGUUCAUGCUUGAUGUCUCAACGGUCCUCCUCCAUGGGGAGGACUUCAUUAGUAUCUAAUUAGAUGUGUGGUACACUUCCAUUUGAAUGUGAGUCACCGGCAUGGAAAAAGGAAGUGUGAUUUUCCAGUUGCUGGAUGGUUAAUGUUAUUUUAAUUUUCCUCCCUGUUGCUACCAAAUUUCCCUCACAUCUGCUGUGUUUGCACACGACCAGUCUGCUGUUGAAAGUAAUAGAGAAA